CAAUUAUUCUAUCUCAUACAAGGGAGGCUUUCCAAUCCUUCGCAGAGAAAUUUCAGCCAGACUUGAUAUUAUAUGGAGGAUACAGCUGAGGCUUCAUGGUUCUCUGAACUGGAGGGAAUGGAGGAUCCAUUUGUCAGCGACCAAUAUGAUAUCACAGAUUUCUUUGAUGAAGAAUUGUCUGCUGCACUCGGAGAAGAACAGUACUUCCCUAGCUCUUUAUCUCCACAGUGCAACUCACUUUCCUCUGGGCAGAUUCCAAGAAACAAUUCCACUACCAGCUUGUGUGGAUCUUCUACUAUGGAACCUCCCCAAAAUGUGGUCGAAAGACCAUCUAAACACCACAAGGCAAACAAUUAUCUUAACAACUCGUCGACUCUUCAAGCCACCAAUUCAUGCCAUGAGCAAGUAAUUUGCACAUUUGGGAACUCAAACGUGGUCCCAGAAAGGAACCGUCAACAGUUGAUCAUGGGAACAAACACAGGCGAUGAUUUAGUAUCUGAAGCGUUGAUUUCCAGGGCUUCAUUUACGAGUCUUGUAGAAGCAGUGAAAGGGGUACAUACAACGAAGAAGACUAGUGGUCGUACGAGACCACCUUCCCAAACUUAUGACCAUAUAAUUGCCGAGAGAAAGCGCCGUGAGCAGCUAAGCCAACAAUUUGUAGCUCUUUCAGCAAUAGUUCCCGGCCUGAAGAAAAUGGAUAAAACUUCAGUUCUUGGUGAUACAAUCAAGUACUUGAAACAUCUUCAGCAGCGAGAAAAGGAGCUCGAGGAGCAAGCUACGAUGCAGACCAUGGAAUCUUUGGUACUUGUCAAGAAAUCUCAGCUCUUGCUUGAAGACGAGGGCGAGCCCUCAGAUGAGCAGGGGGGUUGCUGCAAUGAGCAACCGCUUCCUGAAAUUGAGGCUAAAAUGUGUGAUAAGCAUGUUCUUGUGAGAAUACUGUGUGAGAAGCAUAGAGGAGUAUUAGUUGAAAUACUUUCAGAGAUGGAUAAACUCAAUCUGGAUGUUAUCAACACAAAUGUUGCACCAUUUGGAAGUUUGGCUCUAGAUAUUACCAUUAUUACUGAGAUGAAGAGAGAAUUCAACCUGUCGAUGAAAGAACUCGUGAAUAGUCUUGCAUCAGGUUUAAGGCGAGCAACACUUCAGAAAGCUUGAAUGCAAAUUAAUAAAACCAGUGAUGUUGCUGUAAAUGACUGAACAACAAUUACCAAAUAAAUAUGAUAGAUCAUAAUAAUAAAUAUUAGUGGAGGUCAUGACCUGAUAUGGCAGAUUCAGUUUCGUAUGAUUGAGGAUUAAGGGAUCAAUUUGUUAAAGGGACUCGUUUGUGUCUCUCGCGGACCUCGUGCUGUUUUUUUAGUUUUUAUUUACCAUGUAGCAUUUGCCUCUCAAUAAAGAAAU